AAUCUCUAGUCCCCAACAAUUCUUGUGACACCUAAUUUGCUUUCUCAACUCCCAAAGCCAACCCUCAAUUUUAUUUAACAAAUUUGCUUGCAUAAGUUCCAAUAAUAAAAUAAUUGGAAGUAGCAUAAAAGAAAAGGCUAAAUCUUUCCAUAACCAAGAUAAAAUCUUUUAUUCCAACCUAGAAUCCAAACACCCCUAUCUAUAGACAUAGUAAGACUAAACAAUAUAGAGUUGUAUGAUUUUAGGGGAAAGAGCUUUGGUCUGAACAGUUUUUGUCCUUUUUUGCAUGUUAGUGAUUGUUGAAUAGUAGCUUAGACCAAGUUUUUUUUUCUUUUCUUUUGUUGUGUGUGUGUGUGCCAGUGGUCACCACCCUUUUAUUUCCUAGUCCAUCUAAAUACUCCACACUCAUUUUUAUUUUUUUUCCCUUUGCAUUUUGUGUAAUAAAGCAUGUAUUCAGCUUAAUAUAGCUCAAAACUUUCAAAUUUUUGGUUGCAAUGGAUCUCAGCAGCACCAAGUAUUUAGAGCCUGCAGCCCUCUUUUCAUCUCAAGUGGGAGGAGCAGCAAUGGAGGGGGGGAAUAAUGGGUUGUGCAAAGGGGGUGUAAAGAACCCAUUUUUGGAUUCCUUUUCUGACCCUCUUUGCAAGCUGAAUCUCAAGGAGACCUCAGAGUUUGUCAAGUCAUUUCCUGUGGGGAAUGGGGGAGAGGGCAGGGGCAUUUCUGAGAUUUCAGUCACAAGGAGGAAUUUGGAGGCACCCCCCACUCCUGGGAGGCCUGUUUUCAGCUUUAGCAAUGCAAAUUUUGCAAGAAAAAGUUUUCCUUCAAAAUGGGAUGAUGCUGAGAAAUGGAUUCUUGGUGGGAGUUCUUGCAAUGACUCCCCUGCUAGUAAUCAUGGCUUGUUUAAGUCAAUGUACUCCAGGCAAUGCAGUGGGUACAAGCCCCACCUUGGUGAAAUCUAUGCUGAGAAAUCAAGAAUCACUGAGGAGAAAGUCUCAAAGGUGAUUUCAACUUUUCAAGGGCUUGAUCAUCAUCACCAUCAUAGCAGAGGUGGAGAUGUAAAUGGGGUUGCACUUUCAGCUACAGAAGAUGUACAUUUGAAAGAUAAAUUCCCAAAUGAAUUGAAUCCAAUAAUCCCAAUGCAAGAAGGAUUUCUAUUUGGAAACACUUUCAAGAAAUCAAUGAGUGAAGCUACAGAAAUGGCACAAGAAGUGAAGCACAGAGACAUUGGCACAGAGAUGACUCCUCUUGGCAGCUCCACCACCUCGAGGUGCCCGACUCCGUUCAAGAGUACGUCCCCGGCCCGCCACACCACGCCCGCCAACCGGUCUGGCCCGUUGGCCCCGGCCAGCGCAGACACCAUGGACAUAACUCAAUUGCAGGAGUGCCAUUUGGCAAAGCUGCAUCUUGGCACACAGUUUGAUUCUGUCACGUCAAAUUGGAGCUCGAGGGAAGAGGAAGAGGAGGACGUGUCGAAGAGCUUGAGGCACUUCGAGAUGAGCAGCGAGUGCAGGAAGAGUGUCUCGGAGUCGAGGAGUGCUGGUUGGCAGGAAGAGGAGAAGACCAAGAGCUGCCUAAGGUAUCAAAGAGAAGAAGCAAAGAUUCAAGCUUGGGUGAAUCUACAAAGUGCAAAAGCAGAAGCUGAAUCAAGAAAGCUAGAGGUGAAGGUACAGAAAAUGAGGGCGAAUCUCGAGGAGAAGCUGAUGAAGAGGAUGGCCGACGUUCACAGGAAGGCCGAGGAGUGGAGGGCGGAGGCGCAGUUUCAGCACUCGGAGCAAGUUCGGAGAGUCGGGCAGCAGGCACAGAAGGUGAUGAACAGAAGGAAGAGCAACAACAGCAGCUCCCGUUUCUCAGGGCACAAGUCUUGUGGCUGCUUCCCUUGUAAUAACCAUCUAUAGAUGUAAAAAAAAAAUGAGAAAAAUAGGAAUAUUUUAACUUAGAGAAUCUUGUAGUUUAAUGCAAAACCUAGGAUGAUAUAUGAAUGUUCUAGAGAAGAAGGUUUCACUUUGUGGAUGAGGCAUGAUCAUUUUUUGCAUGAACUAACUUGAUGGGGAAGGGCAAUAGAGUCUUUGUCACGAAUUCGUCCA